AAAAUUAUAGCAUGUUUUCCGAUCACCACACAGCCUUCUCUGCGUCUCGCGCCCUCUCUCUAUCUCUCUCUCUCUCUCUCAAACGAAUAACUAACUCCAUAUGAUGAAUGCGUAGAGCAUUUCUUUCUAUCCUGUUCUAUUCGAUUCCAUUCCCAAAUCCUCCUUCCUUUCUUUCUUUCUCUCUCCCUCUCUCUCUGAACCAAAAUGAGGAGAAGGAGAGAGACGAAACGGUGAUGUUGUAGGCGCUUCAAGCUUCAAUCUUUCCUUCCUGUUCUCAUAUUAUUUCAUUAUUAUUACAAUUCCAUCAAAUUCCGACGACAAAGCACGGGUUGAGAAAUAUGCAGUUAAUGGAUCAUCAAUCCAGUCCGAAGGAAACAAUGCCCCAGGAAGAAGAGAUCCGAGAGGUAAUCGAACCAGAAUUGGUUGAGGGAAGGACUAAAGAGGGAGAAAGCGAUGACUCCUCGUCUCCCAGAGGCGUCCUGGAGACCACUGUUUCCGCGUCGUCGGACUCCGACAACGGCAACUGUGAGUCGCCGUUGCCGGUGGCCGAGAAAUCCUUCGCUCAAAGGACGCUGCUCCUCGGGGACGCCAAGGGGUUGCAAUUCAAGGGUUUGAUUGAUGGCAUAAAGUGGAAGUCCAUGAGGCGAUUCUCCACCAUUCCCCUGUUGUACGAAAUUCCGGUGAAGAGUCUUAGGAGGAAAUGGAGGUGGACUCAGAGCGGCGACGAGGAAAUCGAUUGCAGCGCUCUAAUGGCUCCCAAGCCAUCGUGGAGAAACUUCACCUGCGCCGAGCUCGCUACCGCGACCGACAACUUCAACCCCGAAAAGUUAGUGGGGAAAGGGGGCCAUGCUGAAGUCUACAAAGGGUGUUUACCGGACGGUCAGAUUGUCGCAGUGAAAAGAAUCACGAAGAAAGAGAAGAACGACGAGACCAGAGUGGGCGACUUCCUGUCCGAGCUGGGGAUCAUCGCUCACAUCAACCACCCAAACGCUGCCAAACUCAUCGGCUUCAGCUCCGACGGUGGCCUGCAUCUCAUCCUCCAGUUUCUCCCCCACGGCAGCCUGGCUUCCCUCCUGCACGGUGGAGAUAAGUGUCUGGCGUGGAAUAUAAGGUACAAGGUGGCUCUGGGAGUAGCCGAAGGAUUGCAAUAUCUCCACUGUGAAUGCCAGAGGCGCAUAAUCCACAGAGACAUUACAGCUUCAAACAUAUUACUCGCCCAAGACUAUGAACCACAGAUAUCUGACUUCGGGCUGGCAAAAUGGCUCCCAGAGAAAUGGGUUCACCAUGUUGUGCACCCCAUUGAGGGAACCUUUGGGUACAUGGCUCCUGAAUAUUUUAUGCAUGGAAUUGUUGAUGAGAAGAUUGAUGUAUUUGCAUUUGGGGUUUUACUGCUGGAACUUAUAACUGGUCGUCGCGCAGUUGAUUCAUCACAACAGAGCCUCGCCAUAUGGGCCAAACCGCUGCUAGAAAAUAGCCAGGUGAAGGACAUGGCAGAUCCCCGGCUCGGAGACGAUUACGACAGCGGCGAAAUGAAACGCGUAAUGUCGGCAGCAUUGGCGUGCCUCCAUCACUUGCCCAGCCACCGCCCCGACAUGACACGGGUGGUGCAAUUACUAAGAGAGGAGGGUGGACAGAGAGAGUUGAGACAGGAUUCAAUAGGAGGGAGAGCCCUCAUUGUGGAAGCUUGUGACAUGGAAGGCUACACUAGCACAAGCUAUAUCAAUGACCUCCAUCGCCAUAUGGAGCUUGUUCUUGAGUAAAUAUUUUAAGUGGUGGCUUCAUCUUCAUUAUUUUGGUUUCUGUUUUUUUCUUUUCUUGGCUUUCCUGUUUGGCACUUGCUGUAUUGUAAACUGAAAAUGUGGCAAAGGUAAAAAGGAAAAGCAGAGGGUGGAUUUUCAGAGUUUUAAGUAGAACUUGGUGUACGGCUUUGUUGGAGAGGCAGUUUGGAUCAUCUCCAGCUAUGAGUACUGUAGUUUUAUAGCAGUCAAGCAUCAUCCCAAGUUGGGUUUCUUCAUUGUCUUCGUCCACAACUCUUAUGCUGCAAUAAAUCCACAUCGUAAUUUCUACUCUUAGGUGUU